AUGAAAUACAAUCAGCUUGAAAAGGCUCCUUCUUGUCAAGACUCUCUCAAGGCUAUCGAGUCUGAUAUUCAACAUGCCAAUAUGUUGGCUGCUUCGAUUUCUAGAACCAAGGGAGGUGCUUGUCUUCAAAUGAAAUUGGUCUACAAUCACCUGGCACCCAUAUUUUUGUUUCUACUGCAAUGGUUUGAUUGUUCAUGCACAUGCUCAUUUCCAACUUAUCUAAAUCUAUUCCACAUAAUUGUAUACAAGGUGCACGUUGACAGUAGGCAUAAGUUUCCUUCACAAGGAAGGAAAGCAACUAUUAGACAAUUCUACGCUGUGAUAUUACCAACUCUCGAACGCCUAUAUGAUAGCUCAUUGGAUGUAUAUAUUUAUCAAGAUGAAUGUCAUGACUCUGAAAUGAUUGGGAGGAAGAAAUUAGAAAACGAUAAUAAGCAUUUAGAUGUUGAUAUGGAAAGAGAAGAUGAAUGCGGAAUUUGCUUAGAGCCUGGCACAAAGAUUGUCUUGCCGAGUUGUUGUCAUGCAAUGUGCAUCAAUUGCUACCGCGACUGGAAUAUGAGGUCGGAAUCCUGUCCAUUCUGCCGGGGUAGCCUAAAGAGAGUGAGUUCUGGGGACUUAUGGGUUCUAACAUGCGGGAGAGAUGUAGUUGAUCAAGAAACUCUCUCAGAAGAGGACAUUUUGAGGUUCUAUCUCUAUAUAAACAGCUUGCCAAAAGAUGUUCCUGACUCGCUUUUCUUAGUUUAUUAUGAGUACUUGAUCUGA